UUUGCUACAAGGAAGUAUAUACAUUGCGUUUUUCCUUUUUAAGUAUACAUGUUGGUUCUAACCCAGUUUUAGUGUUAGCUCCUUCACCAGAUAUUUGCCCCUGUACUUGUGUACUUUUUAUGACAAGAUAUGAUUCACUGUGUAGUUUGCAAAGCUCAAGCAGUGAUAGGUAUAAAGUGUUAAGUGUAAAUAAAGUGUUCACAGGUCUAUCAGCUAGAAUUAUGGAGAAAUUGUGUGAAACUCCCACUAAGCUAUUUUAAGUAACUGCAUAGCAAGUGGACAUUACUGAAGUGGACAGCGGCUAUGUACGCCGGGGCUCGGGGCGAGACGAAUCCGAACGUGUCGUGGCUGGGCAGCCGCGGCGUGUGGCUCAGCUACGUGGUUGGCGUGACGGCGCUGCACCUGGCGCUACUGGCCGUGCCCGUCAUCAGCGUGGCCACCGCCUGGACGCUGACCAACAUCAUCCACAACACGCUCAACUUUGUGCUGAUGCACGGCGUGAAGGGCGCGCCGUGGGAGGACGGCGACCAGGGCGGCUGUCACACGCUCUCGCAGUGGGAGCAGAUCGACGGCGGACGCCAGAACACGCCCACCAAGACGUUCCUCACGGCCGUGCCGGUCACGCUAUUCAUCCUAACCAGCUUCUACACGGCCUACGACACGUCUCACUUCGUGGUGAACUUCGUGAGCCUGCUGUUCGCGCUGGUGCCCAAGCUGCCGUUCGUUCACCAGCGGCGGCCGCCGAGCGCGGACGAUGACUGAGCGGUGGCGGUUUGGCUAGACUGAGGUUCGGUCGCGGCCGGCUCCGUCCGCCGCCGGCGGCGCGUGUUGGCCGGGCCUGAGCCCGGGCCGCCCACGCCGACAGCCGGCCCGGCUGUAGGUGGUGUAUGAUUAUCAGAGGCGUGGCUGUGUGUGUCGGGCGUGCGCUGUGAGCCGGCGGGCGGGCGUCAGAGGUGGCAGGUCGUCACAGGCCGGACCUGGCCGCGACCUGCGCGUGGGCCCGCUGGCAGUGGAGUCGUGCCGUGCCGUACCGCAUUGAAGCAGGCUCCCGGCCCAGUCUGUCAGCCAGGUGGCGCCAAUUAGAACUGACCUUUCAGUGACGAAGGUCAAAGUUGUGCGUGGGACAACUUCUGCUGGUCUGGUCGCGGGGAAGCUGAACAGAAGCGAUCGCGAAACUUACCCUCACGUACUUGCAGUGUGCAGCAUGCCGUCUCCUCUUCACUGUUUGGCCUUUCGGGGCGCAGGGGCGUUACGUAUUGACAACUGCACUCGUGUCCGUGCCGCAAAGCUCGAUGAGGUGCUGUGUACGUAGGCGGUGCGGGCCACGGGAAGACUGUGAUAUUGGGCGCUCGGCAGUCGGUCGGUCAGGCUGAGCUUGCGCGGAGAGAGGCGGCCCGCAGGAGCGGCGCCGGGCCGGCCGCCGCUGCCCACUCCCUGCCGUGUGGUGGGCGCACGAGGAUGGGCGUGUCCCGUUUGUUCCGUAUAUCUGGCCUGGUCGCGCGAGACGUUUGUGAAGCCGCUCCUGUGGCUGGCGCUGGUGAGCACGCGCCAUUUCCGGUCUUCUUUGUAGCAAGGAUAGCUCUCGUCCGUCGCUGUAACGCCAGUGCAAAAUGGUGCUACCCCCUCCUUUAGAGCUGCAGGAACGAUGACGCCCAGCUCCCUGAGGUUGGAAUCUUACAGUGGCGCCGUGGCGUGCCAUGUGAUCGCGUGCUUCUGGCCGGACACCAGGAACUGGCGUCUGGGACGCGGGCGCGGGGGUCGAGCUGGACUUUGUAGUCCGCCUCGGAGUCCAGAGCCUCUCGCUCGCCCGGAUGUAUAUUACGGUACCUGUGUAUGCGUGCUGUGUGCGUGUCUUUCGUGGGAGCAAGGUGCCGUCGUGGGAGGCCUGCGCGGCUCGUCGGAUGACCUCGUCUCACCUGCACGGUGGCACGUCUGCAAUGUAACCUGUAUAUAUUCAGCCUGUUUCAUCAAACCUCGGACAAAAACAAACACUGAUA